GGGGCCGAUUUAACGACUUGUCCAUGAGUCUAAACCACGCUAGAAAGAAACCAUUUGUUUGUGACGUUUGUGGAAAAGAUUUUGCAAACAACCGUGACCUAAAAGUCCAUCAGCGUGUCCACACUGGAGAGAAAACAUUUGCUUGUGGCAUUUGUGAAAAAGCCUUCGCACAUAAGCUUUCACUGACCCUCAGUAUGUCCACACUGGAGAGAAACCAUUUGUUUGUGACCUUUGUAAAAAAGCCUUCCUAACAAAGCAGCAACUGACUCUCCAUCAACGUGUCCACACUGGAGAGAGACCAUUUGCUUGUGACAUUUGUGGAAAAGCUUUCAAACAGAAACCUAAUCUUACCAUCUAUCUGAGUAAACACACUGGAGAGAAACCAUUUGUUUGUGAAGUUUGUAAACAAGCUUUUGCACAUAAGCUUUCACUGAUCAAACAUCAGCGUGUCCACACUGGAGAGAAACCAUUGUUUGUGACCUUUGUAAAAAAGCCUUCCUAUCAAAGCAACAACUGACUCUCCAUCAACGUGUCCACACUGGAGAGAGACCAUUUGCUUGUGACAUUUGUGGAAAAGCUUUCAAACAGAAACCUAAUCUUACCGUCGAUCAGCAUGUCCACACUGGAGAGAAACCAUUUGUUUGUGACAUUUGUGGAAAAGCCUUCGCUCAGAAGUAUAUAUGCACUGACCUACCAUGAUCAGCGUGUUCAUGCUAUAGAGAAACCAUAUGCCUGUGGUGUUUGUAAAAAAACCUUUGCACAGAAGUCUCAACUGACUAUUCGCCAGCGUAAUGUACACAGUCAAGAGAAACCAUUUGUUUGUGAUACCUGUGAAAAUCGUUUCACACAGAAGGCUAAUCUAACCGUCCAUCAGCGUGUCCACACUGGGGAGAAACCAUUUGUUUGUGAUUAUUGCGGGAAUAAGUACACACAACAACGAAGUCUCACUAUCCACCUGAGAUAUCAUACAGGCAAGAUACCAUUUAUUUGUGUUACUUGUGGAAACGCUUUCUCUCGUAAAGAAUACCUGACCAUCCAUCAGCGUGUCCACACUGGAGAGAAACCAUUUGCUUGUGACAUUUGUGGUAAAACCUUCGCCCAGAUAUCUAACCUGACCUCUCAUCAGCGUGUUCACACUGGAGAGAAACGGUUUGUUUGUGACAUUUGUGGAAAAGCUUUUGCACAUAAGCCUCCACUGACCGAACAUCAAUGCCGCGUCCACACUGGAGAGAAACCAUUUGUUUGUGACAUUUGUGGAAAAGCUUUCACACGAAGGGAUACCCUGACCAUCCAUAAUCGUGUCCACACUGGAAAGAAACCAUUUGUUUGUGACAUUUGUCGAAAAACUUUUACACAGAAGGCUCAUUACAGACUGGCCAUCAGCUUGUCCACACUGGAGAGAAACAAUUUGUUUGUAACAUUGUGAAAAAGCUUUUGCAUGGAAGUCUAGUCUGACUGGCCAUCAAAGCGUCC